AUGCACACGGAGCUGCUCUGCGCGGGUGGCGAGCCCCCCGCCAUCCUCGUUCGCCUCUGCGAUGUACGUACUCUGCCUCCGACGCCAGUCCUAAUUGAGAAAGCCGAACGGCUCAUCCCAGCCGAAGAGGUCUUCUCGGCUCUCAGGUAUCGCCAGGAUCCCGACAAGCGCAUGGCUCUGGCGAGUCGCCUCCUUCAGCAGCAGCUUCUCCGCCAGCACUCUUCGCGGCACCGCGACAGCCGUGCGGUCUGUUCCCCGUCCUUCCUCUCGGACGCGCAGCCUUCGCACGCGUCACAACGCCGUUCGUUGUCUCACACUCUCUCUUGCAACUCGAAAGCCCCACAACAGCACGAGAUCCUCUCUUCUGCGCCUGCAGCUUCUUCUCCGCCUCUGUCGUCUCCAAGUCCUUGCGCCGCCUCGCCUUACUCUUCUUCUGCGACUUCCGGCUCUGCAGCAGCUUUCUCGGCAGCUCCUUCGGCGUGUAUCUCUGUAGAUUCUGCCGCUGCGCCUCCGCCUUUGGCUUCCUCGGCCUCUGCGCUUUCCGGCGCGCCCUCACAGGUCUGUUCAGCCGCGUCAUCCGCUGAUUCGUGCGCGCAUUUGUCGGCGAACGGAGCCUCUCAUCCUGCGUUGUCGGUCGCGGGCGGCACCCGCCCGCUGAACGUCCCUGAGAAAGUCGAGCGCCAGCGCAGCGGACAGAAGCCUCUCUGGCUCCCUCGCCUUGGCGAGGAAUCGCCCUUUGUCCACUUCAACGUCUCUCACGACAAUAGCCUCGUCGUUCUCGCGGCGUCUCGCCUCCUCGUUGGUGUUGACUGCAUGCAGCUGAAGGUUCGCGGCGCCGCCAAUCGGUCGGUUGCGGACUUUCUCCGAGCGAUGCGCACGCAGUGCGUCGGCCGGGAGCGCGCAUACGUCUUCGGUGAGGGCGACGCCCUGCCUGAGUCCGAGCAGCUGAUGAGGUUCAUGAAACUAUGGACGAUGAAGGAGGCCUUUGUGAAGGCCAUUGGCACGGGUGUGUAG